AUCAUAACUGUGGAAACAAUGUCUCAGUUAAAUCGUAUCGUAUUAAUCAUUGCUAUGAACGUACUAGUGUACGUUCUUGCAGUGGAGCGCUAUACCGAUGAAUUCGAUAAUGUUGAUAUUGGCGCUAUUAUCCGUAACGACACUCUACGAGAUGAAUAUCAGAAAUGCUACAUGAAUACAGCACCAUGUACAUCAAGAGUACAAAAGGAGAUAACAGAAAUGUUCCGCGAAGCUCUCAUAACUAACUGUGAGAAAUGUAACGAAAACCAAAGAGAAUUUUUGAAGAAGGUAAUACAGUGGUAUGCAAAGAACCAAAUCGAGAAAUUAUUACAAAAAAUUGCGAAGAGUGGAGAAGUUAUGAUGCAGAAAAACGCUAAUCCAUAA